UAUUUCCAUAAUUGGUACACUUGGCAGAUCGACAGGGCCCAAAGUCCAAAGAUCCCCAGUAUAGUACCAUCAAGGUUCUUGGCAGUCAACUAGUCGAUACCGACCCUGAGGCCAACCACCCCCGGCACGUCACGCACGCCCUUGUCUCCAUACCUACACCGCUGUGGUACCUAGGUUAACCCCCGACCGACCGAAUACCCUUGGAGGAUUACAUCACGGAUCGAAUCAAAAGGGUCAACCUUUCCCGGAACCAUCCUCUCUCUACAUCCUCAAACACUACCGCCAACAAUAACUCCUACAACUAAAUUAUUAUUAUUAUCAUCAUCAUCAUCACCACCAACCGUAACCGUCAUCAUCAUGGCUACCUCCCUCGAGUCCUCCGUCCAGUACGAGCGCGACCUCCGCAGCUCCCACAAGGAAUGGAAGCGCAGCAAGGACUCAUCUACAAAGUGGGCCUCGGGCACUCGCGAACUCCCCGGCGUCAAGAAGAACUGGAUGACGGGUGAGCUGCUUGGCAGUGGGCACCCCAACCAGCUGAUCAAGUCGCGACCAGCGAGGAAAGUGCGGGAUUCUAGCUGCGAUUACCCCAAACAGUCCUCCCGCAACCUCUACAAGCUCCGCCACGGCGGUGGUGCUGGCCGCUCCAACAACAUUGGCUACCACUCCAUCAACUUCCCCAAGCUCUUUGCGCACAAGGACAUCCGCUACGAUGACCGCGAGGACUACUCCGCCGCCCCAAACCCCCCAUCACCAUCUCUCCUCCCCAAAAACCUCUUCUCAUCAGUAACAGCAGCAGAGGAGAACUUCCUCUACUCGUUCGACCAAGACUCCACACCCGGAUUCAGUCGGACCCCUUUGACUUUGGAAAACUUUGUCAAGACGGAUGACCGCAAGACGGAGAAGUUUGUCGAGAAGGAGUACGAGAUUCUGGAUGCGAAUGGAGAGGCGUUGAAGGGGCGGAAGGCGAAGAGAAGGGGUUUGAGGGGCGGUGCUGCUGCGGGAAGCUCGCAGCAGGAGGAUGAGGAUAGAGUUGAAGAGGAUGACGGGUUUGAGCUGAUUUGAUGUUGUCAAACAUUUCCACAAGGCAGGCAGCCCAGGCCUCCCUUCGUCUUCUACUGCUUUUCCCUGCAUGAUUCCCUUCUUCCCUUUUUGGCAUCUGCCUCCUUCUCUUCUUCAUCCCUGGCGAGGUUUUUGCUCUUACAUUACACACACCUUUUUUGCUCAAAUCAGCCGGCGUGUUCUUUUCUUACAAUUGUUUUAAACAAGGGUGGUGGCAACACCUACCUUACAACAUAACUACAUAUCAUGGCGGGCGCAAUCAUGGGGUGGGGUUUUCGGAAUUGGCGGAUGGACGGACGGACGGACGGACGGGCGGGCGGAUAGGAUGAUUGAUGGGUAUGCUUG